AUGGAUGUCCCUUCGCCAGCCUCCAAGGGCAAGAAACGAGCGUUGCCUCUCGACUUGCAAGACAUCGCGGCGGCAAUCCAGAAUUUGCCAGGAGACUCGUCCGCACUUCUGCCGACACCAGCACCAUUUCCUCAGUCGUUCGGAUCGGCGGCCACCAGCAGCAGCUUUGUAUCUGCCACCACUGCGCAGUCUGCACCAAUGCCAGCUACAACGGAUGCCCCAGUCGCUGCACGAGGGCGUUUUACCAAGGUCCAACAGGCCAUCAAUCGCGCCGCACAGCGUGCCAACCGCCGCAUCCGACGAGACAUUGGCCGCGGUCGCUACACAACCAAACAGAUUACAGAUGUCCUCCACGAACGAAACAUGCUUUUCCAAGACUGGCACAGGCUCCACGCCGAUGCCCCUGGCAAGGACAAGAACCAUGGCUAUCACGAACUGGACAGAACAUGGUCAGGCAUCCACACGAUCCCUUCCACGUUUCCUCAUGACUUGCCAAACAGUUCGCUCAACAGCAAUGUGUCUGCUGUCGUCUUCACGCAGAGCCUACCCGAUGUCCGAUUUGGAGACAGCCAGCAGCCUCGCCCGUUUACGACCUGCGAGCCGGGAACGGUUCUUUCCUGGACCAAGUACUUCAAGCUCUUUGAGAGUGCUUCAGACGGAGUGGCCCAUGGGAAUGCAAAAAGUGGCCUGCAGAUGUUGCCAGCACAGCCAAUACAGCCUCUUCAGCUGCGUCUCCGGCGCCUACUUGGAGAAAAGCGACCCAUGGACGAGCAGCUACAGUCAACACCGCCGGCUCCCAAGCGGCGUCUUCUCUCCAGAGCCGUGACACUUGGUCACCCUCCCAAGCAGAACGACGAAAGUUACGACGGUGCCGUGCAGUUCCACCCCCUUUCGCUCGGUGCUCGCAGCUCCAGUGCGCAGGCCGCUCCUACUCCCACGACGAACCACCAAGACCUCCCCAGUUCACCUCAGCCAGUGGCAGCCAGCAUCAAAUUCGACCUGAUGAGCUCCAUCUCUUCAUGCCUCGACAUCGUUCUCAACGUGUGUACAUUCCUGGAUCUGAGUGACAUUCUCACUCUAUAUCGCGUCAGCCGAGUUUUCAAAGCCACAUUCGACAACGAGUUGGAAGGCAACGUGAUGCGCAUGGCCCGUCAGUUUGCAUCGGCUGAGACUGUCCGCAUCUUCCCCUUUUGGCUUUUCCCCAAAGCUACCAUUCCCCUGCCCUUCCACGCCGAUGAUAAUAGACAGCAUUCGCGCGCCCCGACGCUCCGCUACGUCAACAUGCUAGUCAGCCGUGAGCGCAAGGUCCGCGACAUUGUGGCUUCACUUGCCCGUGCCGGUCACCGCCUGCCACCGUCUACUGCGACAGCUGCCUUGAAGAAGAUGUGGCUACUUAUGGAUAUCCCGACAAACCAAGACCGGAUGAAUAUGCUCCAGGACGAGGAACUCUUUUCCAACGCGGACCUCCUCACUAUCCAUAUGUUCCAUGUCAAGCUCGUCUUGUACUUUCACGAUCCACUCUUCGGCCCCGACAUUUCACUCCCUGACACGACUGACGUCGAAGAAGAACAGAUUGUACCCGAGCCGAUUCUAGAAGCUUCUGGGACCUUUGGCGUUCCGGCUGGCGUUGACAUGAACGACGUGCACAACGAAACAUCCGCCGCUACAAAUGUUGAAUCCAUCCUGUGGCAGCAACUGGAGUUGCCAGGGCAUGCUCUUGUUGAGACGCUCCUCGGCCAACGCGGCGGCUUUGACGUCUUGUGGAACUUUCUACGCGGCAAGGCAUUUCGGAGUUUUCGAGAUGUGAUCGAACUCAAGGUCCGGUACGACUACGCACCGCCCGCCAUGGACGCUGUUGAUCACAAUGCUGCUCAGAUUCUCAGUUCGAUGGCAACGGCGGAGAAUGCGGAAACUUUUGGGAAUUUCUUAAACUCCAUCGAGGGCUUCUCCGACCUGGCGAACUUUGACUUCAAAUUUGACUUCAACUUUGACUUCAACUUUGACGAAUUCAUCGACUUUGAUCAAGGACGCUUACCAGAGACUGCUGAGGACAAAAAUACGACUGUCGACGACGUCUUACGGUUAGUUCCAGCCUGGGAGAUGGGCAUUGGCCACCUCGAGGGCUGGGGUACGGGCACACAACAUCUGCUUCGGCCAGACGAGUUGGUGCCGCUGGAAGCGGCGCGCCGCAUGCGCGCCAACCCGGAUGAGCACGUUGACUUGACCAAUCACGUGCCGUACAUGGGCGUUUGGGGCAAUCGCGACUUCACUACAGGCGAGAACCUAAUUCCGUCGGUCGAAGAGCUGUACAUUUCCGACAGCGAAGAGGACAAUAUCGUUGGCCAGAUUGACAGCGGCGACGACGGCGACAAUGACAAGGAGAACAUGGGAACGUUGGCAGUGGCUUCUGUCUACGAGAUGCGGUCUGUAGUGGCACUGGUCAACAAACAAUUCGAAAACUACCGGUACCCUACGUCUAGGCGUCGGAUGGAUGACCGAUGCGGCAACGUCGUCGUGGACGAGGAGGAUUGGCAACCAUAUCUCUCGCUCAAGAGCCGCUGGAGUACACUGACCUUACAGGAGAAGCUCGAUGUCUGGUGGGAAAACCAUCAACAGCGCCUGUGGCGGCAAGCGUGGACUCAGAGGGGCGACAACGACCAACGUGCCAGCAGCAGCAACAACAACAACAACAAUGUCAAUAACAACAUCGACGAUGUUUCAUAUACCCAGCCUGACGAUCCAGCAAACGACGAUGGCGAUGGCGAUGACGAUGACGACGGUAAUGAUGCAGAUAACGAAGAGGGCUAUGAUAUCGGUUCCGACUGUGACGAGGACAUGAUGGACGGGGAUUCUGACAGCGAUCAAGACGAGGAUAACGUCGACAGGUAUCAGAGCGGCGAUGGUAGUGGAAGCCCCUCAAGCAGCAGCCACAAGCCAGCCUUGCAUGGUACAAGGGCGCCCAGUACGCCCUUGGCACCACCACCACCGUCGUCGUCGUCGUCGUCCGCUGCUAUCCCUCUGCCCGACACGUCCCAGAACCUAUCGAGACGCCACCAGAGACUGGUCCGCUCCUGCAUCCGCUGGGCGCUGAACGAGCAAGGUGAGGUCGACGCCGCGCUGCUGGCACAGGCCGACAUGGUAUACGAAGAGGAAGAGCUGCAGCACUGGGACGCAUUCAUGGCCGCGGCCAUGGCGGCAGGCAACCCGAUUUUUGGCGGUGCCCCGGCCGGCAGCGACUUCGGUACGGAAGACGGCCACGACAUUGAGAGCGACGUUGACAAUAACGACGAUGCUGGUGACGACCAUCUUCCAAGCACGCCUGUCCCCAAUGCAGAAGACGUUCUUGCGCCCGAAUUUGGCAGCAUUGGAGACGUUGUCCGGCUCGUACGCCAGGUCAAUGACUGCCUUGCCGCCGCCGAAAAAGCCAGAAAAACUCUCCGCUCCGACGAUCCGGACACUGCCAGCACGGCGAGCGUGCGUCUGUCUGACCUCGUGAAGGAAGCCGAAGAACUCCAGUCACAGCUUGCGGCUGUGCUGCAGGGCGAAGUGUUUGCGAUUGAGCUCUAA